AUGAUCUCGCUGAUAGGACGUGUUUAUACUGCCUUUAAUCCCCAAACUGUCGAAAAGAAGAGCAAUGCUAUCCGGAUCGGUGUCCUAGGAGCUGCCAAGAUUGCUCCCUUGGCUCUGAUAACCCCGGCAAAAUCGCACCCCGAAGUAAUCGUGCAAGCUGUUUCCGCAAGGGACCAGAAUCGAGCCAAACAGUUUGCCAAAGAGUACGGCAUCCCUGAUGUAAAAGGGUCAUACCAAGAAUUGCUCGAUGACCCAAACAUUGAUGCCAUUUUUAUACCUCUCCCGAAUGGCUUGCAUUUUGAGUGGGCUAUCCGCGCUAUUCGUGCUGGAAAGCAUGUCUUAGUAGAGAAACCGUCGGUAUCCAAUGCGGCAGAAGCCAAGGCCCUCUUCACUAUGCUGGAGCUAUCUCAGCCAAAUGCUCCACUUCUCCUGGAAGCUUUUCACCAUCGCUUCCAUCCGGCCAUCCAGCUAUUUCGAUCUUUCAUCACCUCAGCUGACGUGGUUCAUGCCUACACGGAUUCUAUGGUACCAUGGGUGCUUACUUCCAAGGAAAACAUUGAGUUCAACUAUAGCCUCUCUGGAGGUAGCAUGAUGAACCUUGGUACGUAUAAUUUCGGCAUGCUCUGCAUAAUCUUCAAUGACGAGCCGGAAGAGUGCCUCAAGUGUGACACUAGUAUCUUCGGGGACAAACUCCACGAUAAGUGCGACUAUGAUUUCAAAGCCCAGUUUCGAUUUCCUGGCGGCGGGAUCGGCGAGGCAACGACUUCACUCAGAGGACCUGUCUUAUGGAAGCCAUCUGAAGCGAGAGUGACGAUGUGCGAGGUCGUGAUACCAGAUACAAGUCUGCCACCUACACAAGAGAAAAUACGCACGAGACAAAAGACGUUACAUGGCUUUAUUCAUUCCUUUAUCUGGCAUCGCAUUGACGUCAACGAUUCAUAUGUCAUCCGCGACACCCGUAACCGGCAGCCUCUCAAGAGUUGGGUGGAGUCCCAGUCUCACAAAGCGUAUAGCUUUAAGGAGGCUGGCGGUCAUUUUGCGAACCUACCAGGCGAAGACUGGUGGAUGUCCUAUCGAUAUCAACUGGAAGAGUUUGUGAACGGGGUCAAGGGACGUCCGACGCAAUACUGGGUCAGUGCCGACGAUUCCAUUCAGCAAAUGAGAAUGAUUGAUAUGGCGUAUGAGAAGAGUGGGUUGGGGUUGCGACCCACCAGUUCAUUCCUGAAAGAGAUGUGA